CGCACGGGCGUGGAAAGUACGCCGAGUCGCGCGGCGUCGGCUUCGACAAGGUUCGCAGAGAGGGGCCGGGAGAGGAGAGCAGAGGAGAUGAGAGCAGAGGAGAUGAGAGCAGAGGCGCGGCGUCACGUCCACGACGCGUGCACGCCACGCCCCCCCGACGAGAGGAGGCGAGGUGACCGGCGGCGAGGCGGAGAUUGCCCGAGAGUACCCGAGCUUACCCGAGGUUAGGACGGCAAGAUGACCGACGUCAAGACGGAGAUCCGCACCUCGAGGCACACCUGGUGCCAGGAGCGGGACUGCCUCUCCGACCCGCUCGUCCAGGCGGUGCAGGAGAGAGUGAGCGAUGUCACGCGCACGCCGGUCGCAAACGGGGAGUUUGCGCAGCUCGUGUAUUAAAACGGGUGCCCCGCAGAGGGCGACAAGUUGCGUGCGAAUCUUCACGCUCUUCAUGUACCUGAACGACGUGCCCGAGGGCGGCGGCGGCGGGACCCGCUUCACCGACCUCAAGCCCGAGCCGAUCACCUUCAUGCCCUCCAGGGGCAAGGCCGUCCUCUGGCCCUCGGUGCUCGCCGACGCGCCCGACACGAUGGACCCGCGCACGCACCACGAGGCGCUCCCGGUGUGGUCGGGCGAGAAGUUCGGUGCCAACUUCUGGAUCCACCAGUACGACUUUCGGUCGGCGCACGCGUCGGGCUGCACCAUGGGGUGACGGGCGGGCCGCUGGGUCACAGCUGACAGUAUUCGAACCUCGAUAUGUGGGAAAGCUCUCUCUUCCGUGGUGUCAUAGGUCUAGUGUGUGUGUGCGCGCGCGCGCCCGAGGGCCCAGGCUCUUUGCGUGUUUUUACGGCGCGGAGAGAGAGUGUGUGUGCUGCCUCUCGAGGGGAGUGCUUCCUCUCAGUACUGAUCAGCGAAGCCGGACGGGCAUAAAAAAAUCG